AUGGUGGGAGGGUUUACGGAUAUAGGAGCAACAUGCAUUGACUUCUGCAAUUUUUGGCGUGACUUAUUAGCCUAUAUAGCUGAGGCAAACGCCCAAAUGGUGAUUGAAGACAUGUUCAAAAGAAAAGAAGAAAAUCCGGACUUCUAUUUCGAUUUCGACAUAGACGAAGAAGCUCAGUUAUCUAGGUUAUUUUGGGCAGACGCAGAAUCACGAAGGAAUUAUGCUUGCUUCGGCGAUUUGAUGUCAUUUGAUGCUACAUACAGCACAAACAGAUGCAUUACAUUUGGUGCGGGCCUAAUUGCAAAAGAAGAAGUUGAGUCGUACGAGUGGCUAGUACAGAAGUUCAAAACCGCGAUGGAAUACACCACAAGAUGUACUAUAACUGACCAAGAUCUAGCACUAAAGAUAGUAAUGCCACAAGUUAUGCCAACAACUAGGCACAGAUUCUGUAUGUGGCACAUUAUGACAAAAGUAGGGGAAAAGGUAGGGGUUGCGUUGUGGCAUAACACCGACUUCAAGAAGGCACUGAAUAGUACCGUAUGGGAUGACACAUUGACCAUUGAUGAAUUCGAGAGAAAAUGGGACACACUUAUAAAAGACUACAAACGUGAGGAACAUAGAUUGUUUGCCCAAUUGUAUGAAGCGCGUGCAUCAUGGAUACUUGCGUACUUCAACGACAUAGAUAUGGGAGGACUCCUCAGGACAACUUCACGAUCAGAAUCAGAAAAUAGCUAUUUUGGUAAAUUUACAAACCACCACAGCAACUUGGUAGAAUUCAUAGCACAAUACAACAGUGCCAUCCGAGAACAAAGACAUAAGCAGCAACGACUCAUCGCAGAGAAUGAAGGUUCGUACGCUGAAACUAAAACCCCUUUGAGUAUUGAGAAUCACGCUGCUAAAGUGUACACCAUAAACGUAUUCUAUGAAUUCCAACAAGAGGUAUGGGAGGCCAGUUUCACGCGCCACAUCACCGACAAAAAGAACGUAGGUGACAUACGAACUUACAAAGUUGAGGAAACAAGAGUAAAAAUGUAUGAAGUAACCGAAGCCCCAAAUGAGGUGAAAAUAGAGUGUGCAUGCAAGAAAUUCAACCGUGUUGGUAUACUCUGCAAGCACGUGCUAGCUGUUAUGAAGGCAACAGGGUAUGAAUCAAUCCCAAAAAAGUAUAUUGUUCCACGAUGGAGAAGAGACGCAUGUGCACACCCACUAUACGAUGUGCCGUGGGAAAAAACAACCAAUAUCCCCACCACGAAUGAAGCAUCAAAAGUAGCCAAUCAACUUUGGAGCGAAUUCUACAACUGCAUGGGAUUAGUGAGUCGUUGGCCUAACAAAAUGGACCAAAUGUUGGCAACCUUGCAACAACUGAAACAAGACCUACAAAGUGAGCGGCAACAACCACACGAGAGUGGAAACACCGAAACUAUGUUCGAAACACUACUAGGAUCAAGCAAGCCAGGAGACAUACAAAUAAAACCACCCAAAGUCGCAAAGAACAAAGGAAGUGGGAAGAGACUCAAAAGCAACAAAGAGAAAGCAAUCACAAAGACCCAAAGGAAAAAAGAGAGGACAUGCAAUAUAUGCGACCUCCCAGGCCACAAUAGCCGCACCUGUCCAGAAAAGGUAGCACCAGACGAAGCUUAG